UCUGCUCCAAAAUAGUCCACCCAUCCAUCAGGCAGAUCCAAACCCAGACGAAAGCAAAAUUGCUCCAAUUAAAAGGUCUGAUACCUGCCUCUGUCUCUUAAAAUCAGAUAUUAUUAUUUGCUCUAGGGUUGCUGUUUGACUUGGUGCUCAAGGCAGCCGGAAGAAGCAGGCACCAACCAAGACGUGCAAUUAUCUACAAGCAUCUCAUCUGGAUCUCCAUUACUCAAGAUAUUCAAAACGGUCGAAGGCUGGUCAGCAAUUCCAAAUUUUAUCCUAGCCUGGGCAUCGUGAAAGGGUCAGUGCAGGCCCCUGUUGAUGGACCAGCGGAUUCUGAGAUCCCCUCUGGCCAGAUUCUGCGUGGCUUGGCUCUCCCUGCAGGCCAUAUGCCGUUUUGUCCAGGGUGAGCCGCGUGACUUGCUGGCUAGCGAAGUUGCUGGGCCUCCGCUGGAAGACGCCACCCAAGAGCAUGGUUACUACCUGCAGCAAUUGUUUCGGCAAUAUGGUGAGAACGGCACUUUGUCCUUCGAGGGUCUGACCCGCCUCCUGCUAAGCCUGGGGCUGGGGAAGGUGCAGGUGGUGGAGAUUGAACACGAGGAACUGGGACACGGUCAUGUCUCCCAUCUGGACAUCCUUGAGGUGCAGGAGAACAAGCACCUGCACUCCCACUCGGCACUGGAUCACAUCAGCAAGACAGAGCACGGGGCCAAGACUCAAGUGGAGACUGUCACCACCACCAGCCCAGGAUUCUCUCCGCUGGAUCCUGAACACCAUACCCCGGUUUCUCCUACCAUCCAUGAGGUCAGCCAUGUCCUCAAGCCCAGCUUUGGGCAAGGCCGAGGGAAAUCUGACAAGGAGAAAGAGGGGAAAAUUUUCAUGUCUCCCCAUGGACAUUCAAAGCUGAACUUUCUGGAGGGAGUCAUUUCCUUGGAUCAUUCUGUCUUCAAUCACCUGCAUGAAGAUUGCCUCAAUGUGUCUCAGCUACUUGUCAAUUUUGGCAUGAAUACCGUUUCCAAAAUCACUCCAGAACAGUUCACCCUGCUGUGCCCAGCCCUGCUCUACCAGAUCGAUAGCCGUGUUUGCAUCCAGCACUUGGACGAUGUGACUUUCGACACGGCCGGGAAUUCCCUCUGGAUUGGCCUGGGCUGGGGAUUUUUGGCUAUCACCCUGACCAGCUUGCCCUCAGCACUGGCCAUCAUCUUGGUGCCCCUACUCAGUGGAGAAAUCUUCCAGUUCCUCCUGACUUUUCUGGUGGCGUUGGCUGUGGGGACAUUGUGUGGGGAUGCUUUGCUGCACCUCUGGCCACACGCACAAGUGAGCUCCCACGGCUUGCUGUCCUCAGAAGAAGAUGGCAUUCUGAAGGGUCUAUGUGUCCUAGGAGGCAUUUACUUUCUCUCCUCACUGAGAAUCUCAUGGGAACCCUCAACCAAAUCGUGCAAAGUGGGUGCUGAAUGCAGAGUCGAGAGUGGCCAGAAGAGGACACUGGAAAUGUAUAUGGCGAAGUCCAAGACUCGCUCCAUUCAAAUUCGCAACUCAGAAGAUCACAGGACAAGCCUGGAGAAGCAAAGAGAAGAGAUAGAUCACCAUGGUCACUCCCACAGCCCAGCUGGGACUCUCAAGGCUGGGAUAGCUGACAUCGCUUGGAUGGUUAUCCUUGGGGAUGGGGUACACAAUUUCACAGAUGGAUUGGCAAUAGGGGCUGCCUUCUCGGAUGGACUCUCCAGUGGCUUAAGCACUAUGUUGGCAGUCCAGCAUGAACUUCCCCAUGAACUGGGAGACUGUGUCCUAAUCCGGGCGGGCAUGCCACUCCGAUGGGUGCUGUUGUUUAACCUGCUGUCUGCUUUCCUGGCUUAUUGGGGCAUGGUGUUAGGGACAAUUGUCAGUCAGAGCACUUCCCAAGUCACUCCCUGGAUCUUUGCCAUCACAGCUGGUGUUUUUCUUUAUGUAGCUCUGGUUGAUAUGCUACCUGAAAUGUUGCAGUGGCAUUCUACCAGCAGCAAAAAAAGAUCCUGCAGACACUUCCUUCUCCAGAACCUAGGAUUUCUCAGUGGAGGUGGCCUUAUGCUCUGCAUUGCUCUCUUCGAAGAACACAUCAGUGUCCGCAUGAAUGAGUAGGGCAUUUCAAAAGGAAUUCCCAGCUGCAAGGCAAAAAGCACUCCCGGCUCCAUUGUCAGUUAUGACUGUCUUCUUUCCUGGAGCUGAAAAGGCAGCUGUAAAUUCCUUCACUGCAAUUGAGUAAUCCAAGGAAGUUGGAGAGGCGAACAAAAGAAAGUUUGGGAGAGUGGGACAAACUCUUUUGCUGACUGCCCCGAUCCUGUGUUCAUGAGUAUGGUGGCAGUAAAACUUUGUGCCAUGAAAAUUUAUGUCUUGAUUCAGCCUGCUUGACGUUAAAAAAUAAAGCAGGUUGCCACUAAAAUUAGCAUGCUGAAAACCCAUUAUAUUUUGUUGAAUGGAAGAGGGGGCAAGUUGUCUUAGGAGAGAAUGGAGCUAAUUUAAAUGUAUUGUUUUAACAUAAUGUAAAAUUAUUUUAAAAACCGUACCUAUUCUAGGUUGAUUCUAGUACGGUACCAGGUACUCAUGGUUCCUACUGCAUUUUGGUUAAAUAAGGGUUUUAAAAGCAGCAGUUAUCCCAGGUUAGAAAUCUGGGUCUUCAAAGACACAAACACCCAGUUAAACCUGAGGCAGCAUCCAAGAGGAGCUUGAGAGUAGUUGUCUGUGAUGAGAAGGGAGGACUCCUGUAGGUAUAUGCAUAGGACAAAUAUAGAACAGAGAAGCUAGAUAAGGGCCACCUUUUUCCAGCUACAAGAGGCAGAAACAGGAAGAUGCUCGGACACCAACCCUGCAUUAAUGUCUCUUCUGAAGGAAUCUAAGAAAGUCCCAGCAGGAGAAGCAAUAAAAGCCCUUGCUAAAAGGGCAGAUGAAA